AGUUGUCUCUUAUGCAAAUAUAUAUAAACUAGGCUUUUGCAUUUGCAGGCAAGCCAUAUUACGGACCUUCUAUGCAGUCGAAGUUUAGUCCAAUUGAGCAACAUAUUUAUAAAUGUUUUGAAAGGAUUUCCUCUUAAAGCAUUAAGCUUUCACCUUCCUGGAACGUGGGCUUUAGACUCUCUCCCUCCAUCGUCCUGGAAGACAUCGCGCGACAUCUCUGAUUCUCUUUCUCCGUCGUAGCGAAGCACAUCGAGUGACAUCUCGGCUCCAGCAGUGCUAGUUAUAUUAAGAAACAACAAAUAAGGAUGAAACUGUGCUUUAGUAAGCCCCAUUCUCCCCGCACAACGGACAGCGCCUGGUCCUGGUUAGUGUGCGUUUCUGGGUGUCUCUCAUUGGGUCUUGUGUUUGGGAUGCUACAGUGCUAUGCUGUUGUUAUGCCUGUUUUUAUGGACCACUUCAAGGAAAGCAGAGAGAAAACUGGUUGGGCUGGCUCCAUUGCAUUAGGUAUCAUUUUCUUUUGCCUGCCGCUGUCCACCAUGGUCAUGACCCGCCUCAAUAUCCGUUACAGUGCAGUACUUGGAAUUCUAAUGUGCAUAACAAGUCUUGUUGCAACUUCAUUCACUACAAACAUCAUCCAGGUCUUCUUCUCCUACAGUAUUCUCUACGGACUGGGAUUGUCGUUACUUUUUAAUUCUUGCAUAUUCGCCACAACAAAAUAUUUUCACAAGAGACAAGCUAUCGCCAUUGGCAUCGUUUGUAGCGGAACAUACAUAGGAGUCUUGUCACUUGGACCUAUCGUUCAGUUGCUGAUAGAUUUGUAUGGCUUCAGGACGAUGUACAGGAUCAUGGCUGGUUCGUUUGUACUACCAUUACUUGCUGUUUGCAGCUUUGAUCCCAAUGUUAAGGACCCAUCCACCGAAGUCUUGCAAACACAAAAGGGGAACGAUGAAAACAAGCCCACCGAGAAAGGAUGUGUGAUUGUGGUGGAGCUGUUGAAGAGACCGAUGUACGUGGUUGCAGCUAUUGCUCUCGCUUUACAAGCAAUGACUGCAUUUGUGUCGUUUGUGCAUUUGGUUAGUUACUGUCUUGAGGUGGGCAUUUCAGCACAGAAAGCCUCCAAACUCUUCAUAGUGAUUGGUGUUUGUUCGGUGGUCAGUGGUAUCGUAGCGGGGAGGUUGAUGGACUACAAAAGAGUCAAUCCAUUCCAUGUUAACCAGGCUGGAUCUCUAAGCAUGGGACUCGCUACAAUUCUACUUCAACUGUCUUCAAGUUAUAUUCUCUUCAUAUUUUUUUCUAUUUUUCUUGGUUUUGGCGUCGGUGUCUUUAAUACCACGAUCGUCGUACUGCUACUUCGAACCGUCGAACCAAGGCUAAGACUGUAUUCAUUUCCAAUUGGAGAGAUGCUGGCAGCUAUUGGUAAUAUCACGGGAUCACCCCUCAUAGGUUUUAUCGCCGACACAACUGGUUCAUACAAACCAGCCUUUUACACCGCUGGAGCCAUUUUACUGCUAUCAUUCUUCCUUCCCUUUUUACAAUACUACUUUAAACCAUGGAGGACACUGGAAAUGGAAGAACAAGAAGCACAAAAGGUAGAUUGUGAUCGUCAAGUUAUGCUUGAUGUUCAACACAACCGUCAAAGUGUUGGUAAGGAAGAAACUGUAGCAUUGGAAAUGAUGCAAUGAUGAAAAUAAUGAAGAUGACACCAUUUUGCAAAGAACUCAUCAACGGUAAUGGUGUUACUAUAAAAGAAAAUAUAUAUGUUUGAAACAAUUGCGCCGAUGAUGAUGGUGGUAUUGAUGGGCAAAGACUAUUGAUAUAGACAACGAAGAUCAUCAGGUUUAAUAUGUGAAGCACAUAACGACACUUUACUUUGCUUUGUCCGUAAUAACACCUGAAGGGUGCAGAAUGCGAAAAAUCGAAAUCACUCAAAUUUUGUCAGAAUAAAGGCGUUAGUGAGCUUUAGCUGUUGUAUAAGUUUAAUUCGUUCGGGAAAAUAUUUUAGGAGAACUACGCCGAAAUCCAUUUUUUGGGAUCACUUUUGGUUUCUUCACGCGAUUUCAAAUCAUGUUUUUUAUGAGCUUUUCAGCGCUGUUUAGUGCCCAGUCGCUGCCAGUUCUGCAAUGGCAGACAGAAAUAAUCGACGAAAUCCUAAUGCAAGGAGACUUGUACUAGUUGAACGCUCUUGCAGUCUUAUUCCAGACGAAGAAACGCUGUCCCUUAAUUAUCUGCCUGACAGAGUACGUUUGGCUAAGAUGAUCACAAGCUAAAUAUCAUAGAUUCCGUUCAGAAAUAACUGUAAAAUAAAUAACUGUCAGUCAUAACUGUAAUUCCACUCUAAAGAAAUUGCUGUAUUCAUGACAUAUUGUUGUGUUAUACAUAAACGUACAAAAAUUUA